AGUUGGGCUGAACCCGGCUGGUGGCGGUGGAACUGCGGACCCCGGGCUCCCGCCUGUGGCCUGCAGAGCUCCCGCUUCCUCUCCGCCCUCCAGCCCCGCGGAGCUGCUUGGAAGGAUGGAACGGCACCGGCCACGGCUGCAUCACCCGGCGCAGGGCUCGGCCGCCGGGGGCUCCUACCCCUCCUCCGCCUCGCUUCGCGGCUGCCGGGACGGCAAGAUGCCGCGCAGGAAGGGCCCCCAGCACCCUCCGCCGCCCCGCGGCCCCGAGGAGCCCGGCGAGAAGCGCCCCAAGUUUCAUUUAAAUAUUAGGACACUGACGGAUGAUAUGUUGGACAAAUUUGCCAGCAUAAAAAUUGCAGGGAGCAAGAAAGAAAGACCUCCACUUUCUCACCUGAAGACUGCAUCUGCAAGCAAUGAUUGCUCUUCAGAAAUGAGUGAAAACGUUCCAAAGCCACUAUCAGAGAAUGAACUCUUAGAGCUUUUUGAAAAGAUGAUGGAAGAUAUGAAUUUAAAUGAAGAUAAGAAGGCACCAUUGCGGGAAAAGGACUUCAGUAUCAAAAAAGAAAUGGUGAUGCAGUACAUUAAUACUGCUUCCAAGACAGGAAGUCUUAAGAGUAAUCGACAGAUCUCACCUCAGGAAUUCAUCCAUGAACUGAAAAUGGGGUCUGCAGAGGAGAGGCUUGUCACUUGUCUGGAGUCCCUCCGCGUAUCUUUGACGAGUAAUCCUGUGAGUUGGGUGGAAAGCUUUGGCCGUGAGGGGCUUGGAUUAUUACUGGACAUUUUGGAAAAGCUGAUUAGUGGCAAAAUACAAGAAAAAAUUGUAAAGAAGAAUCAGCACAAAGUCAUACAGUGUCUAAAGGCCUUGAUGAAUACACAGUAUGGCUUGGAAAGAAUUAUGAGUGAAGAGAGGAGUCUUUCUUUAUUAGCCAGAGCCAUUGAUCCGGAGCAGCCCAGUAUGAUGACUGAUGUGGUUAAACUCCUGUCUGCAGUGUGCAUUGUUGGGGAGGAAAGCAUCCUUGAAGAAGUUUUAGAAGCUUUAACAUCAGCUGGAGAAGAGAGAAAAAUGGACAGGUUUUCUCCUAUUGUGGAAGGUCUUCGGAACAAUUCAGUUCAAUUGCAAGUGGCGUGUAUGCAGCUCAUCAAUGCCCUUGUUACAUCUCCUGAUGAUUUGGACUUCAGGCUUCACAUCAGAAAUGAAUUUCUGCGUUGUGGAUUGAAAGAGAUAUUGCCAAAUUUAAAAUGUAUUAGGAAUGAUGGCCUGGAUAUCCAACUUAAAGUCUUUGAUGAGCAUAAGGAAGAAGACUUGAUUGAGUUCUCCCAUCGCCUUGAAGAUAUUAGAACUGAACUUGAUGAAGCAUGUGAUCUUUACAACGUGGUGUGGAACACAGUUAAGGAAACCAGAGCAGAGGGUUAUUUCAUUUCAAUUCUGCAGCAUCUUUUGCUGAUUCGAAAUGAUUAUUUUAUAAGGCAACAGUACUUCAAAUUAAUUGAUGAGUGUGUGUCUCAGAUUGUACUGCAUAGAGAUGGGAUGGAUCCCGACUUUUCGUAUCGGAAAAGACUAGAUUUAGAUUUAAGUCAGUUUGUUGAUAUUUGCAUAGAUCAAGCAAAACUAGAAGAGUUUGAAGAGAAAGCCUCCGAACUUCACAAGAAAUUUGAAAAAGAGUUUACUGACCACCAAGAAACUCAGGCUCGAUUGCAGAAAAAAGAGGCAGAGAUUAACGAGCUUCAAGCAGAAUUACAAGCUUUUAAAUCACAGUUUGGUGCCUUGCCACCUGGGACAAACACCUCUUUGCCUCCUUCAAAAGAAGAUGGAGCUGGCCACCCAGCACUUCCUCCUCCGCCACCACUGCCCUCUUGUGGAGGCGGGCCACCUCCACCCCCUCCUCCACCCCCUCCUCCACUUCCAGGGAUACCCUUGCCAUUUGGUGGUGGUCCUGUGCCUCCACCACCUCCCCUGGGAUUUCUCAGUGGACGGAACUCUCCUCCCCCACCAACCCUGCCUUUUGGGUUAAAACCAAAGAAAGAAUUUAAACCAGAAACCAGCAUGCGGAGAUUCAAUUGGCUAAAGAUUGGACCUCAUGAAAUGACCGAAGACUGUUUCUGGGUGAAAGCAAGUGAAAAUAUGUAUGAAAGUGUGGAUUUGCUUUGUAAACUUGAGAAUACAUUUUGUUGCCAACCAAAAGAAAAAAGAGAAGAGGAAGAUUUUGAAGAGAAGAAAUUUCUUAAGAAAAAAAUUAAAGAACUUAAAUUUCUAGAUUCUAAAAUUGCCCAGAACCUUUCAAUCUUCCUGAGCUCUUUUCGGGUGCCAUAUGAGGAAAUCAAAAUGAUGAUUUUGGAAGUGGAUGAAACACAGUUGGCGGAGUCUAUGAUUCAGAACUUAAUAAAGCAUCUUCCUGAUCAAGAACAAUUAAAUUCAUUGUCUCAGUUCAAGAGUGAUUAUAACAACUUAUGCGAACCUGAGCAGUUUGCUGUUGUGAUGAGCACUGUGAAGAGACUACGGCCACGGCUCAGUGCUAUUCUCUUUAAGCUGCAGUUUGAAGAGCAGGUGAACAACAUCAAACCUGACAUCAUGGCUGUCAGCUCUGCCUGCGAAGAGAUAAGAAAGAGUAGGAGCUUUAGCAAGUUGCUGGAACUCGUUUUGCUCAUGGGAAACUACAUGAAUGCUGGCUCCCGGAAUGCGCAAACCUUUGGAUUUAACCUUAGCUCUCUCUGUAAACUAAAGGACACGAAAUCAGCAGAUCAGAAAACCACACUGCUUCAUUUUCUUGUGGAAAUAUGUGAAGAAAAACACCCUGAUAUCCUGAAUUUUGUGGAUGAUUUGGAACAUUUAGACAAAGCUAGCAAAGUUUCUGUAGAAACGCUGGAAAAGAAUUUGAAGCAGAUGGGAAGGCAGCUUCAACAGCUUGAGAGAGAUUUGACGAUCUUUCCCCCUCCUGAGGACUUGCAUGAUAAGUUUGUGACAAAGAUGUCUAGCUUUGUUAUCAGCGCAAAAGAACAGCAUGAGAAACUUUCAAAAUUACAUGAAAACAUGGAGAAGUUAUACCAGAGCAUAAUGGGGUACUUUGCCAUUGACGUGAGGAAGGUGUCAGUGGAAGACUUUUUGAGUGACUUGAGUAACUUCCGAACUAUAUUCAUGCAAGCAAUAAAGGACAAUUUCAAAAAAAGAGAAGCAGAAGAAAAAGAAAAACGUGCCAGAAUAGCCAAAGAAUUGGCAGAGAAAGAAAGACUUGAACGUCAACAAAAGAAAAAGCGCUUAUUAGAAAUGAAGACUGAAGGAGAUGAGACAGGAGUGAUGGAUAGUCUGCUGGAAGCCUUGCAGUCGGGGGCUGCCUUCCGCGACCGAAGGAAAAGGACACCGAAGCCGAAAGAUAUUCGGCAAAGUCUCAGUCCAAUGUCUCAGAGGCCUGUUCUGAAAGUUUGUAACCAUGAAAAUCAGAAGUUGCAGUUGAUGGAAGGGUCACAUUCACACCACAAUAUCAAUUGCAACUCAACAAGGACUCCAGUCGCCAAGGAGCUUAAUUAUAAUCUAGACACUCACAUGUCGACAGGGAGGAUCAAGGCAGCUGAGAAGAAGGAAGCCUGUAACGCAGAAAGCAACAGAAAAAAGGAAAUGGAACUUACUGGCCCUGUUUCUAAAAACGAAUCCAUUCCCGAAGUUGAAGCCCUGCUGGCAAGAUUACGAGCUUUAUAAAUUAAACUGGUAAAAAAAUGAUUAAGCUGAAUAGAAAGCCAUGCUCUCAGCUGUAACACUUGAAAAAAAUUGCUUUUUCUGUAAGUGACUUUAUAUAGUUUUAAAUUAUAAUAUAUAUUAGAAAAAUAAAGCUAAAUACAUGGUUGCUAUGCUCUUUCUGUGUACUUGAGGUUUUGGCUUAUUCAGGAUUGUAAUGGGCUCUAAUGCUUUUUCUUUGUCUUCUGGUGUUCAUGUGUUCUAUAUUUGGUGGUGAAAUUAUACAUAAUGUUUUAGAGAGCAGGUAGGUGGCCAUGUGUUCAGCAGUGUGUCCUCAAGAAAAUACCAUGUUUCUAAGUCACUGUAAUGUUCUCUUUACUAUUUUCAACAUCAGUGAACAUCGAGUCGUCAGCCUCGAGUCUUGUUCCACAUCCAUGUAUGUUCCACGUAUGUUAUUUAUAUAGACCCACGUUUCUCCUUAAUUGGGACCUGCGUGCUAUCGGUGUAGCAUGGAAAACAUACAACUGAAUGUAACAGAGCCGAGAGGAAAUGAUUGGUGAGCUAAUUAGCAUCACUGUUGAAUUCAUGUUAAUUAGACCCUGUAGGAAACUAGGCUGCAAUUGAACACACUUCCAAAAAUGAUGUAAUAGGAAGAUACACUCUUUUUGCAAAAUGCACAUGCUUUUGUACAAAGUGGAUGUACACGGUAUUACAGUGCUGCCGAAAAGUCAGCCAAGAGAACGUUCCCCCCCACCCCCCGGUAAUUAUGACUCUGGGAUAGAAUUGCCAUUGUGAAACUUCCCAAGUAACGAAUUUUUUAAUUUCUGUGAACCCACUUGAAAUUGCAGUUUCUUGGAUCUGACAAUCAAUAACUUUAACAAAGAUCUGAAAUGUUUCAAUGAAGGUUUUCCUAUGCAAAUACUGCGAUUUUACCUCCUUUGGGGCAUCAGAUUAACUCUGUUAAUUCUGUAUCAAAGAAAAUAAACUUGCUAC